CAACAAGAAGAGUUUUUUUUUUUGACAAACGAUUUAAUCCAACAAGAAGAGUUAAACUGGGAAAGACUCUUCCCUUUGAGCAAGUGCAGAAAAAAGCCCAUGGCAUCUCUAUGCUGCUCUACCACCACCACCAUCAUCUUCUCCGGGAAGAUUCCUCCACCGAUCAGAAAGCAUACUCAAUUCCCCAAACUAAACCGUUUAAAGACUCAGAAACAGAGUAUUACAGAGCGGAGGAGAUUGAUCGUUGGAUCAAUCAUAGAAGACAGAGAAGCAAUCGAUGUGAAGAAGAGUGACACCUUCGAUCCACAACAAGAAGAACCUAAAGAAGUAGAUAGAGACUCCGAUCGGCUGAUGAGUCGAGGGAUCAACGCAGCCAUAGUUCUCGCCGCCGGCACCGUUGCAGUCACCAAGCUUCUCUCCAUCGAUCAUGACUAUUGGCAUGGCUGGACUCUGUACGAGAUACUUAGGUACGCACCUGAACACAACUGGGUUGCGUAUGAGCAAAUCCUCAAAACAAAUCCAGUUCUAGCGAAGAUGGCCAUCAGUGGAGUUGUCUAUUCUCUAGGAGAUUGGAUUGCACAAUGUUACGAAGGAAAGCCUCUGUUUGAGUUUGAUCGAACUCGUGUACUUAGAUCAGGUCUUGUCGGUUUCACUCUCCAUGGUUCACUCUCUCACUAUUACUACCAAUUCUGCGAGGCUCUGUUUCCUUUUCAAGAUUGGUGGGUUGUUCCUGCAAAAGUGGCAUUUGAUCAAACCGUGUGGUCAGCUAUUUGGAACACUAUCUACUAUACUGUUUUAGGGUUAUUGCGUUUCCAGUCCCCUGAUAAGGUUUUCGGCGAAAUCAAGACCACGUUUUGGCCAAUGAUUACUGCAGGGUGGAAGCUUUGGCCAUUGGCUCACUUGGUUACGUAUGGUGUGAUUCCUGUAGACCAAAGGCUUCUUUGGGUGGAUUGUAUCGAACUCAUUUGGGUCACUAUACUGUCUACUUACUCAAAUGAAAAAGCAGAGGCGCAAACAACAGGGGAAACAAACUCCACUACUGAGCUGUUUUGUACUUCUCAGGACUAGGACAUAUCUGCAUGGCAGCAUCAAGUUUAUGAAGAACAUCAAGCAUAGUUUUUUUUUCUCUUAUAUAUAUAGAAAUUUAAAACAUGUAUAUAUACAUUUGAUUUGAUUCCAAGAGAGAAUCGAAUCUAUUGUGCAAUACAUCACCAGCCAAUAAACACACAGAUUGAACGGCACACAGUGCUGAGGCAUAAGAACUAGAAGGUACAGUUUUCUCAGAAACAAUAUUAGACGCUAA